AUGUCAGCUGCUAUGCCAAUUAAUCCAAAACCAUUUCUAAAUGGUUUGACUGGUAAAGCGGUCAUAAUAAAAUUAAAAUGGGGUCACGAAUAUAAAGGAUAUUUGGUUUCCGUAGAUGGCUACAUGAAUAUGCAGUUGGCCAAUACCGAAGAACAUACCGCGGAUGGUCAAGUGACAGGAAAUCUAGGGGAAGUUCUUAUACGUUGUAAUAACGUAUUAUAUAUAAAAGGCGUAGACGAUGAGGAUGAGGAGGGUGAAAUGAGAGAUUAAAGUUACAUAUGGAAAAAAGUGGAAAUCAGAAGAUCGUUGAUAAUCUUUCAGCAGGUUUUUAGAAUUAAGUUAUGUAGUCUGAAUAUAAUUAAAAUUUGUAUUAGAAUUUUAAUAAAAUGUUAAAACAUAUAUA